AUGGUCACACUUCAUGCUCUAUUGACAGUGUUGAUGCUCUCGACGUUGUCGCAAGCUAUUCCUCUCAUUCGACGAAGUACGGUGUUGCCAAGCAACGACGCCUUUUAUCAUGUGCCGGACAACAUAACGAGCUACUCGCCUAGGGCCAUUAUCAACUACCGGAAGCCGCCAGCACCCAUUGCAGCGUUUGCAAAGUAUCCUAUCAACUUGCAGAACUCUUGGCAGAUCCUUUACCGGACAACAGACAGUCUCAACAACGCUACGGCUACCGUUCUGACUGUUCUGGUCCCGUACAAUGCCGAUUUCAGCAAGGUUUUGUCCUACCAGAUUGCAGAGGAUGCCGCAUCGCCCAACUUACCUUUGCCACGCAAGCUGAGACCCAGUGCUGCUCUCGAGCAGCACUGGGUCCUCAUUGUUCCGGACCACGAAGGCCCUGCAGCUGCCUACCUGGCCAACCACCUGGCCGGAUAUUCUACCUUGGACGGUAUUCGUGCCGGGCUGAGCUCGGGGAAUAUUACCGGGAUGAAAUCAGAUGCUACAGUUGCCAUGUGGGGAUACUCUGGUGGCAGUCUGGCUUCCGGCUGGGCCGCAGAGCUCCAGCCUUUGUAUGCACCCGAGCUGAAGAUUGCCGGUGCAGCUAUUGGUGGCACCGUCCCCAAUAUAUCCAACGUGAUCUCGUCGGUCGACGGCUCAACAUCUGCCGGACUGGUACCGACCGGUGUCAUGGGACUCGCCAACCAGUAUCCUCUUGUCAAAGCUAUCGUGGAGCAGCAUGUGUUACCCCAAUACCUAGACGCCUUUGCGAACACGACAAAGCAGUGUCUCGAAGAAGAUCUCUCGGAUUUCUCUGACAAGAACGUGUCUAGCAUGCUUGAUAGCCCAGACCUCUUUACAAAUACGGCGAUGAUGAAUGUUUUCAGUGCCAAUGCAUUGGGCAGCAACAUUCCUCAAAUUCCUCUCUACAUUUACAAGGCUGUUCAGGACGAGCUCAGCCCAAUUGCUGAUACAGAUAAGAUGUACGGGCAGUAUUGUGCUGGCGGUGCAAUCGUCAAGUACGAGCGUGAUUUGGUCUUCAACCACGGGACCUUGUCAGCUGUUGGCGCACCAAAGGCUCUGACAUGGCUCAUACAAGUCUUUGAUGGGACUGCGACUCAGAAAUCAUGCACGAAAGAAACCAUCAUAUCGUCUUUGCUUGACCCUGUAGUACUCGGAGUACUACCUGAGUUCAUUUUCGAAGACCUUCUUGAUUUGCUUGGAAAGGAGGUUGGCACGAGUUUAUAA